CUCGCCGCUGCCGCCGCUCCGUGUCAGUCGCUGGCCGGUAAUGGCGGCGGGUUAGCGCCGCUGAGAGGACUGCGCACCGGCGGGCAGCGGAGCCCAGCUAGGCGUGCCGCCGGCUUCCGCUGUCCUUCUUUCUGCUUCGACGGGAUGUGCCAGGACCUCUCCUCGGGGCGGUGGGCGUCGAUCGCCUCCGCGACCAGAUAAGUUGCCACAAUGUGGAGCAACAAGUCAAAUGAGGUGCCUCUACAAAACCCAAGGCAUAACCAGAACAAGGAUUCUACCAGAGAUCUAACUGCAGCAUGGGCUACUUUUUCUCAGAAUAAGGCUGCUCUACGUCAUAUAGAGAACAAACUGGAAGUAGCUCCCACCAGCACGGCUGCGUUUGAUUCUCUCAUGGAUGCCAAGAAGCCCUCUACUAGUGGUAGCAGGAAAAUCAGCAGAAAGGCUUCCCGGUCCUGCAGCCAAAAUAAAUCAAGCAAGGAGAAAUCCUCGCGCAGCCCUCUUCGAGCCACCACUCUUGAAAGCAACGUGAAGAAAAGCAGCCUUGUGGAAUUUCAUGAGCCAUUGGUUUCGUUCAGGGAUCCAUACAGCGCUCUGUCUUACCACGGUUCUAGCCAGCUUGAGGCCAAGCAACUGCUCUCCAGUUUGGACUUGAGCGAAGUAGAAGAGAAGUCUGAUAUAACAGACCAUAUGAUACACGAGCUAGAUCUUCAUGGCAGAGACUUUGAAAGGCCAAGUUCUCCUGCUGCAGAUGAGACUGUUGUUAGGUACUUGAAUGACCGACUGGCAAUUAACGCCUUGCAGAACAGCGAGGUGUUCCGUAAGAUUGCCGUACCCCCAAGAUUGGAAGAGGAAAAAACCAGUGGCUCCAGAGGAGAGGAGAGUAGCACUAAAGUGCCUCAGAAUAACACAUCUGAGGAAAGUGACCCGAAAGCGUCUUCCCCUUCUGCCAGGACUACUAAUGCUCACAGGCUGGAGCUCUUGAAAAGGCGGCAUCAUGAUGUCAAGCUGGAGAAGCUGAAGGAGCGGAUCCGAAAGCAGUGGGAGAAUUCUGAAGGCCUAGAUGGCAGAGGGCAGCAUUCAGGAUAUGCUGAGCAACCUGUCGUGAUUACAAACGUGGAGAGCACUGUGACACCUAAAGUCAGGAAGGUGGCAGCUGCACCUGCUGCUCCAGCAUACAGAGGUUUCAAUCCUGCUGAAACAAAGAUUCGUGCUGCAGAUGGAAAGAUCUGGCGUGGGGAGGGAUUUCACAUUAGUCGUGAGCUUUAUAGAGAUAUAGCUCUCCAGUUAACAGAGGAUUCAGCAGCGGCAGGAAAGCCUAGUGAGAAAAACAGAGACAGAAAGGCAACCAGACCGGUGCGGAAAGUGCAGAAGCUGACACGGCUGUCAAGUCCCGAGUCCAAACAAGGUGGAAACUAUAUAAUAAAUGCAUCCUCCUGGCGAGAGGGACAAAAGCUGGCCAAAAAGAUACUGGGUCCAGCUCCCAGAAUAGAACAGGACAGAAGAGCUGUGUCUAGUGACAGAACAGGACGAGAGCGAGCUGCCAAGUCUGGCCAUAUUGGAAGGACAGGUUCAGAUUCUAGACUGGACAUUACCCAUAAAACCUCAAGAAGCUCUGAAAGGUCAAGGAGUAAAAUCCGGUCUGGGAAGCUGGAAGCUGCUCUUCCAGGUGAUAACCAAGCAGAUCAUGCUCCUGUAAAUAAGGACUUCCUGCCUGUGGAGAUACGUGGAAUUCUUGAUGACUUGCAGUUGGAUUCCAUGAGUACAAAGCAAGAGAAAGAUGUGGAAAAGCAGAAUCAGAAACCUGUUUUGCCUCCUCAAAACACCAGGAGCCACAGUCCAACCAAAAGGAAACCAGACAAGAUAGGUGCUGUUGAGGAGCCUCAGGUAAUCAGUAAGAAACGUCACUAUGAUACAGAUGAAGUUCGUCGGUACAUCAUCAGGCAGCAAGAGGAGAGGAAAAAGAAGCAGAAUGAAGAGAAGAAAGCCCAAAAGGAGGCAACAGAACAGAAGAACAAAAGACUCCAGGAGCUCUACAGAAAGCAGAAGGAGGCUUUUAGUAAAGUGAAGAAUGUGCCUGCUCCUGAGCCUUCAGCAGCCAAACGGUUACACGAAACCUACUCGAAAUUACUGCUGGAGCGUGCACUUCUGGAAGAGCCACCUCAGCUGCCUGUGGUGCAGGAAGCACAGCCCAAACCUGGUUAUCAGCCGUCUGGGGAAUCAGACAAAGAAAACAAAGCUCAAGAGCGUCCUCCUAGCGCAUCUUCAAGUAGUGACAUGUCGCUUUCAGAACCACAACAGCCGCUACUGAGGUCCGAUUUGAUGGAGCCCCCAUGGGUACAGCCAGACAGGUUGAGCCCCAAAGUCCAGCUCUCUCACAAGCCAGCUGUCGUGGGCUCCAAUGGAGGUCCUUGCUCCCAGCACUGGAGCCUGGAGCAGAUGAAUCUUCUGUCGAAGGAAUAUGACACGAUGAUGGCAGGCAGGAGGUGCCAAGCUGCACCAGCAGGAUCGCUGACCGUGAUGCCUCAGCCACACCUGAAUUCAACUGCACAGCUCAAACCUGCUGCUAACCAAUAUAAGAGCAAAUUGGAUCGGAUUGAAGCUCUGAAAGCUACAGCUGCCUCCCUUUCUAGCAGGAUUGAAAAUGAAGCCAAAAAGUUGGCAGGGGCUGCUAUCAAUUACGGUGCCAUGUGGAACUCAGACCAUGAGAUUAUGCAAGAAAAGCAGGGUGAUGGGCGCUGGGCAAAGGCUGUGAGUCCUCCUGUGAGAGAGGAAAACGAAGAUGCUUUUUCAGCCAGAAUUCAAAAGAUGCUGGAUGCCUGUGUGUCUCACACAGCCUUUGAUGACAGCCUUCCUGGGGUAGGCAACCUUAGUGAAUUUAAAAAGCUCCCCGAGACCAUCCGGCCUCAUACUGCUGCAGUCAGCCUGGGCAUGAGGUCCCCUGGCGUGAACAGGCGUGAGGGGAUGCUAGGACAUUUAUCUAAGAGACAGAGUGACUCCCCAGGGCAUGAAAGCCAGGCUUACAUUCCCAGUAAAGCCACGAUUCUUCCAGAGUCCAGCAUUGAAUCUGUCAGCGAAGGGCCUCUCCUGAGUGACGGGAGCUUCUCUGAGGAGGAAGGAGGCCAGCAUAAACCGCUGCAACUCAGGAUGGGGGAGCCGAUAAAAGAGAGGUAUUUCUGCGUGCGGGAGGGAAAUGCCUUGGAGCCCAUCAAGGAGUUUCAGAAGGAAGCUGAGAAGUAUUUGCCACUUUUCACUCGGACAAGUGGAGUGCAAAGCAAGGGGCCCUGGGAGGAACUGGCCAAGGGAAGUCCCCACAGUGUCAUCAACAUCUUUGCGAAGAGUUACCAGCUUCAUGGAAAAGUGUUUAACGAGAAGGUGAAUGGAGACUCUGCCCUAAUGCGCCCUUUACUCCCUGCCAUGAGCCCUCCAGAGAGCCUGGUUUCUUAUGAAGAUGAUUUUUCCUCAUCACAAGGAAGUAGCACUUUAACAGACAAAAGGAUUUCACAUGACCUCAGUGUUGCUGGCAGCAGUAAUUCAAGCAUUCAGGAAGAUGUUCCUAGUAGGAAGUCUCCUUAUGAACCUCUGUCUGCAGAGCUUGCUUCUCUGCAUUCAUCUGGAGCACGAUCUGCAACAUCUUCCCGCUCCUCUGGUUCCUCUAAGAAGAGAGGGAAGAAGGAAAGGCUGGAGUCUUUCAAUGGAAGUUCUCACCACUUUCCAGUGGAAGAAGGAAAAAUACCACCUGAAUUAGAGUGGGGAUUCCAACAGACAAAGAAGCCCUUGUCGAGUAGCAGGAUUUCUAGCAGGGAUCAUGAGCAGAACCCAGAUACAGACAGCACAUUGGAGAACUUGUCUGGACACUCCCUGCUGAGUUUCUCAGACAAGGGAAGAUCACAGAAGACACAGACUUCUUCCCCACCUCCUGGUUCUCAAAAAGUGUUGCAGUUUGACUCUGUUGCAAAUACAGCAGAAAGAGUCAAGCCACCUGCUGGCUUCUCUGGAAACACCUCAUCGGGGAUAAAGCCUAACGCAGCCUUCCCCGACUUGAGCCUGGCAACCAGCAGGUGUGGAGCAGGAGCAGCCCCAGUGAGCGGAUGCAUGCGCUUCUCUCCCGCUGUUCUUCAGCAGCGCUUGUCAGCAGAAUUGAACUACCUCAGUGCUAUUGAGGAGUCUGUGAGACAGCUUUCAGAUGUAGAACGAGUACGAGGCAUAGCACUUGCCCAGCAGGAGAGUGUUUCUUUGGCUCAGAUUCUAAAGGCACAGCAGCAGCGCCAUGAACGAGACUUGGCUCUUUUGAAGAUCAAAGCUGAGCAAGAAGCUCUAGAAAGUCAGAGACAACUGGACGAGGCAAGGCAGAAGGCAGCUCAGGUAAUGCUGCCCUUCAAAAAGUGUGGAUUGUGUAAGAGACGAAAUGCUGUCCACACAGAGUCAGUGCAGCACCGGGUCCAGGCACGGCAGGAUGCUGUACAAGAGACCUCGUGCAAGGCUGCAGCCAAGCAGGCAGAAGCUGCACAUCUCAAUACAGAUGCAGCUCACUGUGAGAUGACAGAGUUAGUACGAACCCAGGUCUCGGAUACUGUCAGUGCUCCAGCUGCUCCAGUCACCUCCUUGUUUGACCAACAGAGGCAGCAUCACGUAGAAUUCCUGAAGCAGAUGAGAGCCCGAAAUGAUGCAAACAGGAAAUGUGAAUCUGCUGCCAUGUCCCAAGUUAAAGAGGAGACAGGUGACUCAAAGCAGACAUACUCACCAAUAUUUGAUAGCUAUUCAGAGUCCUCAAGAUCAAAAGUCCAUGAUCAGAGCAGUACCAGCAGCCGCCAAGAGAGUCCUUCAGCUCCAUCUUCGAAGGAGAAUGAGAAGAAGCUUUCCCGUCGCGAGAAGCUAUCGAGCAGUAUUGAAGAGCAGGCUCAUACUGCUGUGGAUGAUUCCUUGCCUAGUGAUAGUAUUUUAUCACUGCCAGAUGAAAAAGAUUCAGCUUCCAUUGCAACAGAGUAUUCCCUGAAAUUUGAUGAGUCCAUGACAGAGGAUGAGAUUGAGGAAAAGUCUUUCCGGUCUUUGCUGCCCUCUGAGAGCCAUCGCAGAAAUAACCUGGAGAAGAAGCGAGGUAAUCGCGAUGAUUCUGAUGAGGAGGUCUCGCCAGAAAAAACAGCUCUCUCGUCUAUCAAGGAGCUAAGCAUGCCCUUCUCAGGGGGUCAAGAUAGUUUCUCCAAGUUUACCAUGGAGAUGGUGAGACAGUACAUGAAAGAGGAGGAAAUGCGAGCAGCUCACCAGUCCUCACUGCUUCGGCUCCGUGAGAAGGCUCUGAAAGAGAAGACCAAGGCUGAAUUAGCUUGGCUGGAGCACCAGAAGAAGCAUUUACGAGACAAGGGCGAGGAUGAUAAGAUGCCUCCGAUUCGAAAGAGGCAGCGUGGUCUGCUGCUGAGAUUACAGCAGGAAAAGGCAGAAAUCAAACGUCUUCAGGAGGCUAACAAGGCUGCUCGGAAGGAGAGACAGCUAAUCCUUAAGCAGCAGGAGGAAAUAGAACGAAUCCGACAGACUACAGUGAAACUGCAGGAGAAGCUGAAGUCUGCAGGAGAAAACAAGCUGGAGCUUCCCAGUGAGGAUGACAUCAAGCAGAGCAACGCUUCUAGCCCACUUCCAACUGACGGAGAAACACGCAGCCCUUCUCCGAUCUCAAUCUCCAGCAGUGAGACAAGCAGCAUUAUGCAGAAGCUUAAAAAAAUGCGCAGCAGAAUGGAUGAAAAACACUGCUCUCCUGUUCACUACUUCUUCUCUGUCUUUACGUCUCACCACUGGGCCUCUCUCAGUGUCUGUUUUCCCAACCUACACCCCAAAUUCCAGCUGUAUAUCUACAACCAAUUGGUCAGGUUCCUAACUAAGCGAGAACAGAAGCUGAUGCAGCGUCGGCAGCAUGCUGAAGAGCUGCUGGAGUGGAAACGCCGCCUGGAUGCAGAGGAGGCAGAAGUACGGCGCAUAGAAAAGCAGGCCCUAGCUGCCUGGGACAAAGAGCUGCUCAAGACAAAAACAGCCAAGAAAGACCUAGGAGAUCAGAGAACUGAGCCCAAAGAAACAGCUAGUGAAGAAGAGUCUCCAGUGCUUUCUUUCUCUCAUCUGAACAGUGAAAGCUCCAUCCCAGAAGAUCUUGGCAGUCCAGCUGCUGAGUCUAUCCCAUCAGAGACUAUGGGCCAUGUACAGACAGAAAGCCCAGAACAGAGUACAGCUAAUGAAGAAAUGGUUUAUUCUGAAGAGUCCAAGUCCUCUACCUCACCUGGCAAACUUUCUCCUCCCAAAAGCAGCAUAUCUGUACCAAAGCAGGACUCCAGCAAAGGCAGCCAUAGAACUGGAGGACAGCUGCAUUCACCUCUGAAAUCUCAUCAGAUAUCUCACAGCUGGUCUGAUGAAUCUUUAUCUAUGACACAGUCAGAAACCACAUCUGAUCAAAGUGACAUCGAAGGACGGAUCAGGGCGCUGAAGGAUGAACUACGGAAAAGGAAGUCUGUGGUUUACCAACUGAAAAAGGAACAGAAGAAAAGGCAAAAGGAGAGACUGAAGGCCCAGGAAGCCAGUCUGAUCAAACAACUGGAGUCAUACGAUGAAUUUAUCAAGAAGACUGAAGCAGAGCUGAGCCAAGAUCUGGAGGCAUCUCUGACAGCCAAACCUCAAAUUAAAACUCCAUCCUCAGCUGCUGCAGAAAAACCCAAGAUCAAGGCACCACCACUCCACAGGCCUGAGAAAGCUAAAACCUGGAAAUCUCUGGCUGAAUCAGAACAUUCCAGAGCAUCUUUGGAAUCCAUUUCAGAGGAUGGAGAUGCUGUGUCAUCAAGAACUGAGCAAUCUGUGCACACCAAGAAGGUGGCUUUGACAGAUGUUCAUGCAGAAGAACCUUCUGGAACAUCUUCCUCUGAUUUAAUGUCACCGAGAAGUUCCAGAGAAAGAUCUUCCAAUUCCUUGGGUAUUGAACCCUCUUCACCUCCUCUCAAAGAUGAGGAAAACAUUAGCAAGAUAUCCCACGGGUCAGUGACCAAUGUGGUAAAAGCAUCCAGUGAUGAGGCUGCCCUCAGUCAUGAAUCUGAGAUACAGGAAGACUUGGAAUAUGUAAAAUCUGAGGAACAGGAGAUUGAAGGUUCUCCUGCUAAGCCUUUGGAGAGUUCUGAUGUCGUGUUGGUGUUAGAGAAAGAACAAGAAAGCUCACUGGACAUUGUUCCAGAGAAAAUCCUCCAUUCUGAAAAUGACCUCUCCUCUCAGAAGGAACUCUUGGGUUUGGCUGUGGAAAGUCUUCACGACACAGAAGAAGUCUUAAAACAGAGACUGGCAGAUGAAGAUGCUGUAACUGACCCAGGUGUAGAAGAAUCCUCUCGCAGACUGAGCAGAUCAGCGGAGAAGGAAGGUCAUCUGCUUUCGGAACAGCUCUUCAGCCAGAAGGAGCCCUCAUACCCAGAAGACUUUGAAAGAUCCUCUUCGAGAAAACAAGCCUCAGCUGAAGAAGCCCUUUCUGAUUACAAGGAUGACUUUGAAUCGUCUCUCCUCUCUUCUGAUGGGGAUGCUCAGUCGCUGGCAGAGCGAUCGCUGCACACCCGGAGCAGAUCCAGCAGCCUUGGCAGCGAUGCUGAAAUCAGCGAAUGCCUCAGUGACAGGUCCCCCUCUCUCUCUGGCAGUGUGCAGUCAGGGAGGUUAUUAGAACUUAAGUCCCCAACGGAACUUAUCAAAAGCACUGAAGGCGGUGCUGUGGAGCAAGAAGGGGCCCCCGCCGAGUCAGCGCUGCGGGCCCCUGUUUCCAUCCCAGCAGCAGCAGAUAGUAUGGCAGAUUUCAGCAUUGGCGAUAGAGUACUUGUGAGUGAAGUCCAACCUGGAACACUGAGAUUCAAAGGUCUGACUAAAUUUGCCAAAGGGUUUUGGGCUGGUGUGGAGUUAGAUAAACCUGAAGGGAACAAUAAUGGAACUUAUGAUGGAAUUGGGUAUUUUGACUGCAAAGAGAAGCAUGGGAUUUUUGCUCCUCCUCAGAAAAUCUCUCACCUUACAGAAAGUAUUGAUAACUAUUUGGACACCACUAAGGAUGAAGACUCAUUUCUUGAUGAGAGGCUGGUGAAGCAACAUAAAGCUGAGCAGAAAGACAGACAAAGCUCCAAACCUGGCAAAGAGGAUGAAAACCAGAGCAGAGAAGCAACAGACAGCUAUUCCCAGGCUAAAGCUCCUGUGGACACAGUUGUUUCAGAAGCCUCAUCCAAGGAAGGAGUUGAUGUGCAAUUGUCUUCUAAAGCAAGCAGCAUAAAGGAGAUUUCCCUAUCUGCAGAGUCAGUUGCCCAGGAACAAUCAGUAGUGGAUUAUCUGAAGCAUGCUGCAAAAGAGGAGGCCAGCAUCACUCCUCUUCUUCCUGGUGCUGUGGGUGAGACCAUCGUUGUUCAGUUGGACGACAUUGCAGAUAUCCUGUCUGAGAAACUGGAGAGGCAGAAGACACUGGGGGAAGAAUGUGCUGAAAAGCUAGAUGAUCUCUCUCCUGAGGGUGCAGAGAAGUCUGAAACUCCGCUUCUGGAUUUGCUGACGAAAGAAAAGAGCCAAUUAGAAGCCCAGCUUCGAGAAGAAGAAAAGUCCAAAGUCCAACUGGAAAAGGUCAGUGUGCUGACAGACAGUCUCCUGAGAGGUUUUCUGAAAGACACAGUCAGUCAGUUACAGCAAAUAAAGAAGGUCAAGAAUGAGAAAAUCCAGCUCAGCAACCAGGAGCUAUGUGAUGUGAAGGAGGAAUCUUGCACCGCAUCUCAGCAGCCAGAAGAGCAAAUUCCCAACAGACUGGAUAACCUUUUCCUAAGUUCUGAUUUGGAUGAUGAAAGAGAAGAACUUUCCUCUCCAGACAUGUGUCCCAGACCAGAGAGUCCAGUGUUGGGUGCCAGUGGUCAGGAAGAGCUUGCCAAGAGGCUGGCGGAGCUGGAGCUGAAUCGGGAGUUCCUGAGUGUGCUGGGAGAUGAUCAAGACUGGUUUGAUGAGGACUACGGCCUGAGUUCCCACAAGGACCAGCAGAAGCAAGCUGAGGCCCCAGCAGUGCUGCCCAAGGUAGAACCUCAGAAGGUGCCAACGAAGCCGUGUGAGGAGCUGUUGACAGUCCCUCAUAGUGCGGCGGAGGUGGAAGCUAUGGUGCACGAGGCAGUUGAGGAGCUCUGGAAGCUGAAGGACCUGGGUCAUGACCUCCACAGUUUCAGCCUUCACAUGGAUUUUGACAGUACCCUCCAAGAGCAGGACGCAGACACGAUAAACAAGCAGGUUUACAAAAGGGUGGUAUUUGAUUUAACAAAAGAGAUCUUUGGGGAGAUCUUCGCUGAGGAUCCUAAUCUAAAUCAGCCUGUUUGGAUGAAACCAUGUAGGAUUUCGUCUGCUUACUUUCGCCGAGUAAAAGAUCCGAACAACCUGGAUGAAGUCAAGAGCUUCAUUGCUGCUGAAGUACUGAAGCUGUUCAGCGUGAAGAAGGAGCCAAAUCACAAAACAGACUGGCAGAAGAUGAUGAAAUUUGGGCGCAAGAAACGAGACCGAGUGGAUCAAAUACUGGUGCAAGAGCUUCACGAGGAAGAAGCGCAGUGGGUCAACUACGACGAGGACGAGCUGUGCGUAAAGAUGCAGCUGGCAGAUGGGAUCUUCGAGGCCUUAAUCCGAGACACUAUUGAUGUCCUGAACCAGAUCACCGAGAAGCGCAGGCUGCUGCUGGUCUGAGCGGACCGCUCUGCCGCCACCCAUUCACGGGCCUUUGACUCCUGACCUGCUCUCCACCCUGCCACUUCAGAUGUGAUGAAAGGAACCUGGAUUUGCAUCUGCUGCCACUAGAGACCUCCCACUGGCUUUGUUGUUUGGAACAAGCUGAUGCCUCACUCGGGGCUGUGUCGUGGAGUGCUCAAGACUGUUGGUGUGCCAACACAGUUAUGCCACAUAACUGUCAGCAGCUGUCUGAAGCUGUGACAUGUUCAACCUGUUCUCUGAAAGGUUAAGCUGAGGUAUUGGCUGUCCUGCUGGAAUGGUUGUCAGACAUCAGUACCCAGCCUCAGAGGUGUGAGUGGUUUGGAGAAGAAACGGUUUGGUCAACUUUUAGCCAUAAAUGGUGACUUACUGUACCA